AUGGUCGACCAUCUUGAAACUCCACGCGGGAGGCUAACGCGUAUAGGAGGCUGGGCGUUGGGGCGCACACUAGGACGCGGCGCAUAUGCCCACGUCCGCCUCGCUACCCACCUUGUCACGGGCCACCAGGCCGCCUGCAAGAUCCUACCGGCGCUCGCGAGCCCGCGCAGUUGGAACCAGACACUCGACGCCGUCGAAGCGCACAAGGAAGUCGUUCUCCUCAAGGCGUUCACCGGGGCCAAGAUCCCAGGCGUGGUUACCAUCGAGGGCGUUGUCGAGGAAGACGGAUGGACGUAUGUCUUCCUCUCCCUGCACAGUGAUUCGCUGUCCACAGAUAUGCCGUCCACCGAGCGCGACGUCAUUAUCCUCUUCCGACGCCUCCUCCGCACCUUUCAAGCCCUACAUGAACUCGGUGUCUCCCACGAGGACGUCAAGCGCGCCAAUAUUCUUGUGGAGGGAUUACACCCCAUCCUGGCCGACUUCGGCUUCUCACUCUUCUCGCCUGAUGGCGAGAUGGAGCUCUCGGCCGGCGGCACACCGCUGUACUCUUCUCCCGAGAAACUCAAGGGCGGCGCCUACGACCCGCGCGCGAGCGACGUAUGGUCCCUUGCGCUAUUGUUCCUCAAGCUGCUGCGCAUCAAGCAUCCGUACUUCACUGUUAGGGACGACGACGCGACGUGGCGAGUGGAGAACGCCAUUAUUCGCGACGAGGCGGGCUGGGACUGGCUGCCAGAUGGUAGGGCUCGGUUUGGUGAGCUCAUGCGCGGCAUGCUCGCGUACAACCCGGCUGAGCGGUGGACUAUUCCCCAAAUCCUUGAUCACCGCUAUCUAAGGACGCGUGCAGCCGAUGACCAGCCCAUCCCCAUCCCAUCCCGUAGGCUGAGUUCAAAAAUCGUUCGCCCAGUGCCACAAACGGUCGUCGACGACCUCUGCUUCCUCGCCUACCUCAAAAGGUCUUUCUUCCUCUGUGAAACAAGAAAGAAAAUCGAGGAUCAGCUGUACAACAAGGAGCGGACGUGGGAGAAGCGGUGGGCAACGAUGCUGCAUGGCUGGGAGCAGCGGGUCGAGAUGGAGUGGGAGGAUGUCCCGGCGUUGAGAGUGACGCCGAGUAGUAAGCCAGCCACAGCCACAAAACCACUGCUGACACAAACAGGGCCAUCACGAAGACGCCGAUACCUACCAGCAUUGAAGGAAAUCCGUCUCUCACCCAUCCACAAGCCCAAGACGCCAAAGACACCACGCCGUCCAUCACCGAAGCAAUCACGUCGCCGAAAAUCCCAGUCAACAACACCUGCGACCCCGACGCCAAUCCAUACGGCGGCAGCGGCCCAGAACCCGGCAGCUCCUGGUCCCAAGCAGAUGCUUUGGCCCCCGAAAAGCAUCUUACAGGACUUUGACACCCCUGCGUCGUCGGUCGACUCGCUCGCCUCCCCGCUCGCCUUGCGCGGCAGUACCCUGCAACACGUCAAUGUCAACACCAGGCCGAGGACCAGGGCACAGAAGGCGAUGAGGGCUGUGGCGGCUGGCGCUGAGAAUCUGCCGUCGUUCACGCCCAAGAAGGUACUUGGUCCGAGUGCGUUUGGGCGUGCUCGUCGCCCACAGCUCGGGUACGAGAAGAAGGUGACAGGCAUGAGGGCCCUUACAACCUGA